AUGCCUGGGAUCCUCGAUCUGGAAACACGCCGAGCCGGUUAUGAGAUGUCACAAAGGAAUGCUCAGAGGCUUGGACAGUCGUCUGACUCAAGUCCCCACAUACUGGCUCCAAGUCCCCCAGAAAUCUUGGGAGCUUCAAACGAUUGUGAGGCUUCGAGCGCUCUGAAUGAUCGAUAUUCUCUCCACCUGGUCUGCGCUCUGUAUCUAAGAAGAUCCUCAACAGAAACAAAACUGGUCGUGAUUCAACAGUGGCAUCACUUCGCAUCUAUGGACCCCUUUGACGAAAUCAUGCCGUCCACAGAAUUGCACAUACCCACUCCAAUUACCUCAAACACCAUGUAUACAGACCAUGAAACACUGAACUUCCGAAAUCGGUGCAUCCUUGGCAGCAGCUUACUUCGUGGUACAGGAACAGAAAUAGCAUCGCCUCCUAAAAAAGUGGAUUUGCCUAAUGCCUCCUUAAGCAAAACCGAAACGAACGUUUCUAGCUGA